CUGAGGACGGAUAUCGGCCUCUCCUCAUCCUCCUCAUCCUCCUCCUCCUCUUCCCGGCGCGCGCUCUCUCUCUUCCUCUCGUCCCCAUUUGGGUCUUCAUGGUUCUGAUCUCCCCCCGCGCCAUGCAAGCCACCCGGGCGCCCACCACCUCCACGGUCAGCGUGUUCGCAGACUGCAGCAUCCCGGCCGGGCUCCGGAUCGGACCGGUACCGGGCCUAUGCAAACUGGGGAAGUACGUGUCGGACCGGAAGGAAACUGGGCCAAAGAAAAAAAUCCGCCUGAUCCGCGGGGAGUUUGUGGACGAGUCCGGCUGUCCCGUGCCGGACUGGAUCGGGUUCAUCCGCGCCGCGAGGAGCAGCCAGGAGCAGAACCUGGAGGCGGUGUCGGACCUACCUGGAGGACAGAUUUUCUACCGCGCGCUGAGAGAAAUCCCGGCGGGAGAGGAGCUCAGCGUGUGGUACUCCAACACCCUGGCCCAGUGGUUCGAUAUCCCCACCACGGCCACUCCCACGCACGACGAGAAAGGUGAUGAGCGUUACAUCUGCUGGUACUGCUGGAGAAUAUUCAAAUACCCGAACACUCUCAAGGCCCACGUCCACUUCCACUGUGCUCUGAGCAACGGGCGGGGGUUUGUGAGCAGCGAGCAGGCCAGAGGCACAGAGUCCUUCAGCAGGUCCCCCAAAUCCGGAGACAUUUCCAACACCUCCACCUCUCCCAGGAGCAGCCACAGUAACUCAUCAGGCUCAGACUCCGGCAGGAGGGCGGUGUCCUCCUCUCCGUUCCUAAACAAAACGCGAGUGUCAAAGAAAAGCAGCUCCGAGGAGCAGGACAGGGCCCUUGAUAUGAGCGUCACGUCAGUCAGAAACCAGGGACACCUCCUCGGUCUGGGCGCUACCUCUUCAGUGCUGGCCAGUAUGGAAUUCCACCCGGGCGUGCGCUCCGCCUUUAAGCCCACUGGCGUCUCCAAAGUCCUGGAUCCUUCCAGAGAGGAGGCAAACGGAAAGUUGAGCGGCUUCGGCUUCACUAAACUCAUCGGGAGCAUGAAACCAAUCCGCAGCUUGGGAGAGGGCCUGAACGGAGGCGGAGGUCACCCGCCAAAGUGCGCGCCCGCUAUUAUUGACUCCACAUCUCAGAUGGUUCCGUGCGCAAACCCGAUCCGGGGUUUCCCGUUGCUGCAACACGUGGAGGAAACCUCGGCUUUUAAACACGUGGAGAGCCGGAUGCACUCCGGCCUGUCCCCGGCCCGUUACCCCCAGAUGCCGCCUGGGCUUCACUUUGAGAGGUUCUCCCUCCCUCACUUUGACGGAGUGAAGUCCUACAGCGGAGACUGUAACCUCCCUCUGAUGCCCUUCACCGUCUAUAACGGAGAGCUUCUGUACAGCUCGCCCUACUACCCGCUCAAGUUCCACUUCAGCAACCUCCUCAAGUACCCAGAUUCCGUGCCCUACUUCGGCGCGCCCCCUCUGAGCCAGGAGCUGGGCUCCAUCACCAACAUAGACCGGGAGAUCGCCAUGCACACGCAGCAGCUGUCGGAGAUCGCUGCAGAGAAGAGCCGGACGCGCAUGGACCCCAUCCCCACCGGGAGCGCGGGCGGCACCGGGUCGGGCAAGCCCAAGAAGGGACACCUGUGUCUGUACUGCGGCAAGCUGUACUCCCGGAAGUACGGCCUGAAAAUUCACAUGAGGACUCACACGGGCUACAAGCCGCUCAAGUGCAAAGUGUGUUUCAGGCCCUUCGGAGACCCGAGCAACCUGAACAAACACAUCCGGCUGCACGCGGAGGGAAACACGCCCUACAGGUGCGACUUCUGCGGGAAGGUGCUGGUCCGGAGGCGGGACCUGGAGAGGCACGUGAAGUCCAGACACCCCGGACAGACCGUGAAGAAACUGGACGAGAAGCCAGGAGGUCUGUUCGAGGACGCGGAGCAGAAGAGCGACAGCGACGUGGACGUUUGUUUCACUGACGAGCAGAGCGACCAGGAGUCCAGCAAGAACAACGACUGAGACGUCCACACACACACACACACACACACACACACACACACACACACACACACACACACACA